AUCCUCCAUCAAACCAGCACAGUAACCGUCAUUAUCUCCAUCAAACAGAUUUUCUAAAUACCCAAGUUGCUCUUUCAAGAGAUUGGUGUAUUUUCUUAUAAAAAUCCCUUGUUCGGUUAAUGUGAAUGCAUCCCCCCCCCUCCUCUUCCUCGUCCCUCCUCUUCACUCUCUUAAAAACUCUUCAGGUUUUUCCAACUGAGCGAUUCUGAGGCGGGCGCAACCGCACUAGAGAGUCAAGUCGUGCUGGACUGCGCGCACGAUAAUAUCCUCACACAACUAAAAGAACCCGCGUUUUUAAUGAUGCUUAUACAUGAUGGACCAUGCUGAUUUUAAAAGUUGACCAGGGAUUCCUAGUUGUGGGGUGUCUGCGAGGCAUGGCUUUCCUUUUAACUUGCUUAAUCCUGUCUUGUGUGACCAGUGUUUGUGGAAAUCAGCCUGGUGAUAGCAAUAUCUAUUUGGAUAACAUCACGCGCAUAUUGGAUAGAUUACUGGACGGCUAUGACAACAGGCUGCGACCAGGAUUUGGAGGUAAAGUCACAGAGGUCAAAACUGACAUCUUUGUCACCAGCUUUGGACCUGUUUCAGAUGUUGAGAUGGAAUACACCAUGGACGUGUUCUUCCGUCAGACCUGGAUCGACGAGCGGCUGAAAUUCGAGGGCCCCAUCGAGAUCCUGCGGCUCAACAACCUGAUGGUCAGCAAGAUCUGGACGCCGGACACCUUUUUCCGGAAUGGCAAGAGGUCGAUCUCGCACAACAUGACCACCCCGAACAAGCUGUUCCGCAUCAUGCAGAACGGAACUAUCCUCUACACCAUGAGAUUAACUAUAAAUGCAGAGUGUCCCAUGCGUCUGAUGAACUUCCCGAUGGACGGCCACGCCUGCCCGCUGAAGUUUGGGAGUUAUGCUUACCCCAUCAGCGAGAUCGUGUACACUUGGAAGAAAGGUCCUGCGUCUUCUGUGGAGGUGCCACGGGAAUCAUCCAGUCUGCUGCAGUAUGAUCUCAUCGGACAGACAGUGUCAAGUGAGAGGCUAAAGUCCAACACGGGUGAAUACGUCAUCAUGACAGUCCACUUCCACCUGCAAAGGAAAAUGGGCUUCUUCCUGAUUCAGACUUAUAUUCCCUGUAUAAUGACUGUCAUCCUGGCCCAAGUCUCUUUCUGGAUUAAUAAGGAAUCGGUUCCAGCUCGGACUGUGUUUGGUAUCACCACCGUCUUGACCAUGACAACGCUCAGUAUCAGCGCCCGCCACUCCCUCCCCAAAGUCUCUUACGCCACAGCCAUGGAUUGGUUCAUCGCCGUUUGCUUCGCCUUCGUCUUCUCCGCCCUGAUCGAGUUCGCGGCCGUCAACUACUUCUCCACCCUGCAGGCCAACCGGGAGCUGAGGAAGGCGGCGGCCAUGAAGGUGGCGGCUCAGGAGGCAGCAGCUGCAGCAGCAGCAGCUCCGCCUGCAGCCAUGGGGAACGACGGAGAGGUUUCCGGAGUGGAUGCAAGCAGUGUGCUGAAGAAGAGGAUGAACUCCGCCCCAGGGUUUGACCGCCCUGCUAAAACAUUUCCCAACCCACCUGUCAAUGCCCAGGCCUUCCUGCAGCAGGGUUCAGCUGUACCGGCAAACAACGUUCUGACUGGCACCAGCAUCAUCGACAAAUACUCCCGCAUCCUCUUCCCACUUUCGUUUGGCGCCUUCAACCUGGUCUACUGGAUCGUCUAUCUCACCAAGGACACGAUGGAGAUGUCCAGGGACACCGUUUGAGCCAAGUCUUCCUGGGAAUCACACACACUUUCAUUCACCUGCACGGGCACACACACACACACACAUACACAAUAAAUAGAUGACAGAUGCUUGCCAAGCACUCUUUUAUGCCGCCUCAGUGCAUUGUAUUUCUUUUUAAGUACUCCCCUGGAAAGUGAGUGUUUUGAGAGCAGAUGUACCAGCUCCUUUUGCCAACUUGACCCGGGAGCUCACAGCCUGUGGGCCUCAGGCUCUGGAACCAUUUCAAGCAGGUAUUACAUCUCUCUCUGUCUCUUUCAUAUCUUUAUUUCUCUUCCCCAAUAUUUAAAAAAAAAAGUUAUGACACUAUUUCAAUGUCCGUCCUGUAUCCCCUUCCCGAGUGGAUGAGGCAAGAUGCAACGGCUAAGUUAGCUAGGCUGCAGAAUCAGAGGCAGAACCAAUUUCUUGUAUGUACUCCGACUGUUCUCAUAAACCGUUCGUAGCUAUAC